CGCAUCUGCAUUUCGCAAGCAGCCUCACGCGCCAGCAGCUUCACCGUCCGCACCCUCCAGUAGCCUAGCCCUCCGCAGCGCCAAGCUACUCGUCCCACACCAUGGGCGUCCACCCUUUCGCCAAGGCAGCCAACGGCUUCGUCAUGCAAGCCGAUGCCCCGGACGCCAAGCUCGCCGACGUCCAAGCCGUCGCGGACGCAAUACACGGUAACACCAAGCUCGCCAACAUCCAGGCCGUCGCGGACGUCAUCCACGGGAACGCCAAGCUCGCCGACGUCCAGGCCGUCCCGGACGCCAUCCACGGGAACACCAAGGUCUUUGACAUCCAGGCCGUCGCGGACGCCAAGCCCGACGUCCAGGCCGUCCCGGGCGCCAUCCACGGGAACACCAAGGUCGCCGACAACUCGGUCGUCGCGGAUGCCAUCCAGGGGAACACCAAGCUCACCGACGUCCAUCCCUUCAUGGAAGGCGACUGCUCCAUCAAACUCGCCGACGCUCAAGUGCGCAACAAGGCCGUCGAUGGCUUCGACGCCACGAACAUGAGCCCUUUGGUCGCGCGGUGUCUCGCGCACCACCUUGCCAAGGUGUCCGUGCAGAGGGUGUGGCAGGGGAACUACCCGGAGAUGUUCAAGCCAGUGCUGGACGCGUUCGGUCAGCCUCAUCGCCGCAUCUACAUCGCCUUCGACUUCGAGUUCGCCGCGGACGCCUUCACCAACAUGCACUGCUGGCCAGGAUGUACCAAAACCAACUACGAAUACUUGCGCCGCUACGUGAAUGGAGGCGAUGUAGUUCAGAUGGGUCUCGCAUUUGUAUUUGAGGAUGAAGUCGACGAAGAACCGACAUUCACGGCGAUGGCACUGGAGAUCAAUUUCGACUUCACCGUAGAGCUGCGUAAGUACAAUGGCGAGGCCAUAAGCUUCCUGUCUGAACAAGGCCAUGAUCUCACGGAGCACAGGGACAGAGGCGUCGUGCCACACUUUGUUUAUACGGGGCUCUUGAGCCACCUCCCAUUCGGCAACAGCUCCGUCACCUGGAUUGCCUACCAUGGAGAUUACGACUUUGGUUUCUUCCUCCGCCUGCUGCAAGGGGGAUGCCGUGGCAGCAGCCAUCUUCCACUUGAGCUGCCCACAUUUCUGCACCAAUUGCGGCUCAACUUCCCCAGAUUGUACGACAUCCGUGUUCUUGGGCAGCUGGUGCAGCAUGGCUUCCGCGGGAGCCUCACCGCGAUCGCCGAUCUCCUUGGGGUCAACCGUUUCGGCAGAGGGCACCACGCCGGCGUCGACGCACUGCUUACACUGUCAUGUUUCUUCCAGAUUGUCAGCUGUCUUUCAGCCUCAGGAGACCACCAGCUGCAUCGGCUCGAUUCUCGCCAGGGUUUACUCGCCGGAAUAGCCCAGGUGAACAAGGCUAUCAAAGAUGCUCGCCACAUUGGCGACCGUACCAGCAACAUCGAUGUCAUCAAGGUGCAAGCAGGAAACUUGGACGAAGAGGCACAACGAAUUCAAGAGCUGGUGCCAAGCAACUUCAACAUCAUCGGAGUAGAAGUAAUGCACCCUCAAUUGGGCAACCGCUCAUAUGCAAUCGGCGCCCAACAAAAUUAUGAAUCGAUGAAGACCUAUCUGAAGGAUGCCGACUCAUUCGAAAUUGUCAUUGCAUUCGUGAACUCUGAAGGAAUGUUGGCAUAUGAUUGUGUGUGGAAAUUCUGCAUCAGCUCCACACCACGUAGUGGCUGUCUGCAUCCCCGACAGUUUACCCGGCUUAUGGCGUCUUGUGGAGCAACGAGUAAUCCUAAUGUAUCCUGGGUGACAUUCCACGGAGCACACGGGAUCGCCAGCCUGAUCAGCUCAUUCUCUGCACCUCAAGACCUUCCAAGCGACUGGCCUUCCUACGUCGAGCAACGGAGAGCAUAUUUCCCUGGUAUGUAUGAUGUCGCAUUGAUUGUGCAUAGAUACCCUGACAUUGGCAUACUUCCCACAACGGGGUGCAAAGGAGGCUUGUUUGAUGUUGCCCGAGCUCUGGACCUGAACUUCAUCAAGGACGACAAUCCGGUAACCAGGGUUCUUCUUACUCUGAGAUGCUACAUGAGAUUGGCAGAUCGUGGUGAUUUCCCAGACAAGCAGUCAGCUGUCCAAGGGCAGCUUAUGGAAAACUGCUGCUGGAACUGCCCAGCAAAACGGAUGGAGCAUGCAUGAUCACUCAGGGUGGUACCGGAAUCCUUGUGGUGGCUGUCCAUGUUGUCAGUUCAGUUUAGUGGUAGCUUUUGUUCUCGCACGAAAUUUUCCUGUUUGAGACUCAGACGAGUGAACUUCCUAUGUUGUAACAGUGUAAUUUUUGUUGCCUUUUGUUCUCACACGACUCCUCUUUGUUUUAAGACUCACAUUUAUAGUUU